AUGGCGGAACCCCAUCCGAUAGAGGCCGACCAAGAGACCAACCAGAUCGAUGAUGGAGAUUCGACUCUUAGCAUAGGCCACACCGUCUCGUCCACCUCCUCCAUUCGCUCCAGCAUAAUAAAUUAUCGAGAGGAAAAUGGGAGGACGUACCAUGCAUACAAGGACGGAAAAUAUCUCAGCCCGAACGACGAGCAGGAGAAUGACCGCCUAGAUCUGCAGCAUCACUUGUUCAUGCUGACAUUUGGGGACAAGCUGUACACUUGCCCCGCCGGCACGACGAAGCAAGUCCAGCGGGUUCUGGACGUCGGAACCGGAACUGGAAUUUGGGCAAUUGAUUUUGCAGACGAGCAUCCCGAGGCACAUAUCAUUGGCAUAGAUCUGAGCCCUAUUCAGCCGUCUUUUGUCCCGCCGAAUCUCACCUUCCAGAUUGAUGACUUAGAUGAGCCCUGGACGUUUGCUUACAAAUUUGACUUCAUCUACAGCCGCAUGAUGACCACUUCAUUCUCGGACUGGCCGCGAUUCUUCGAGCAAGCUUAUGAAAACCUCAAUCCAGGUGGCUGGAUAGAACUGGCGGAUAUCGUGUUUCCUGUCAAAGUCGACGAUGAUACAUGGCCAGAGGACUCGGCGUUAAAAAAGUGGUCCACUAUCCAGCUGGAUGCUACAAUCAAAGCUGCACGUCCUAUAAACAGCGCAGAGUCCUACAAGUCGCAGCUCGCAGACGUCGGCUUCACUGACAUCGUCGAAACCGUAUACAAAUGGCCGACGAACCACUGGCCAAAGGACAAGAAGCUCAAGGAACUAGGAAUAUGGAACCUGGAGAACGUGAUGCCAUCUCUAGAGGGCUUCAGCAUGGCGCUCUUCACCCGUGUUCUAGGGUGGUCCAGGCUAGAAGUUGAGGUGUUCCUGGUGAACGUGCGGAAAGAACUUAAAGACCCCAAGAUCCACGGUUAUUGGCCAAUUUACGUGGUGUAUGCGAAGAAGCCGGAGUAG